UUGGUUAUUAUGGUUUCUUGGUCUUAAUUACAACGUCCAUGUGCACAUGUAUGUCGUUUAACAGAGUAAACGUCCUUAUUAAUUGUUUGUAUGCGGAUACAUUAGUCUGAGUGCACUUUGACGUGCUAGCCUAGCCUGCUGCUUAGCUUAGCUUGUUAGCUGCUAACAAAGAGAGGCGGAAGUGAUCGACACAUCAAAGCAGAGAUCCAAUACGUCUGUGAAGAACAUCUUCUCCCUGAGCAACAGAAGUGGAGCUUCAGGAUGGAGCCACAGCCCUCCCACAUUAAGAAGGAAGAGGAACACCCACUGAUCCCCCAUUUUAAAGAGGAAGAGGAUGACCCACUGACCACUCACAUCAAAGAGGAAGAGGAGGACACACUGAUCCCCCAUUUUAAAAAGGAAGAGGAGUACCCACUGACACCCCAUUUUAAAAAGGAAGAGGAGUACCCACUGACACCUAAUUUUAAAGAGGAACCAGUGGAUCCACUGAGCCCUCACAUUAAGGAGGAAGAGGAGUACCCACUGACACCUCAUUUUAAAGAGGAACCAGUGGAUCCACUGAGCCCUCACAUUAAGGAGGAAGAAGAGGACCCACUGAGCCCUCACAUUAAAGAGGAAGACCCACUGACCCCUCACAUUAAAGAGGAAGAGGAGGACCCACUGACCCCUCACGUUAAGGAUGAAGAGGAGGACCCACUGAGCUCUCACAUUAAAGAGGAAGAGGAGGAACGCAGCAUCAGUCAGCAGGGAGAGUAUCUUGAAGGACUGGAGGAGGUUGAUGUCACCAAGAUGCCAGUGACUGGUGUCCCUGUGAAGAGUGAAGAUGAUGAGGUCAAAGGUGAAAGUGAGGAGAAGAGAGAGGCGGAGCCUCCAAGCAGCAGCUCAACACAACACAUGACAACAGAAGCUGAUGGAGACCACUGUGGAGGAUCACAAGCAGACAAGAUCUUAGCUCCACUAUCAGAUAACAUCCAUCAGCUGAUUGGACACCAAGAAGAAUGUCUCCCUCAUCUGCAAGGGGACAGUUUCACUUCAGAGGAUCCACAGCCCCCCUAUUUUAAAGAGGAAGAGGAGGGAGAGUGUGUUGUAGGGCAGAAGGAGGAUGAUGUCAGCAAGUUUCCACUGACUGUCGUCUCUGUGAAGACUGAAGAGCAUGAAGACAAAGCACCUGAGUCCUCACAGCUUCAUCACAGUCCAAGUAAGCACAUAUCAUUUUAUUCUCAGGGCAUUCAAUCCAUCACAACUGGACUGUUCACUUUGUCUUAGAAGACUCAUCCAAGUAGGCUUCAUCACUUCAUGCUCAUACACUUCAAGUCUUAAAUCUAAUCAUUGGA